CUGCAGAGGCAUCCUAUCUUCCUUCCGAAAGAAAUUCAACAAACCCAUCCCUUGAAAGCCAAUCUACCUAUUCCCAUUCUCACCCAAUAUCAAAAUCGAAACCCAACCCAUCUUCGCUUCCUCUCCCGCUCUCAUCGAUUAAAUAUCAAUCUCCUUUCUUCCUGCUUCGCCCUCCGCUGGUCUUCAAUGGAGACUCUGACUUCUCUCUGCGCGAGCCAGGCUCUUGUUUCCCACACGGCCCGCCCAAUGCCAAUUUCUGCCGCCGGAAGCUCCGUCUCCGCAAAGGGAUACGCUUGCUCUAUCAAGUCUCGAGCUUUUCCUCCGAGGAAGCAGAGGGCGAGCGUCCUCAAGGCCGCCGUCGCCGUUGAGCAGCAGACCGAGAAGCCCAAGGUUGCGCUCAUCAGAAUUGGCACCAGGGGAAGGUGCUUAAACUUCAAUUCCAUCUUCUAUUAUGUAGGGGUAGUUGGCUUUUGCUGCUUCUCAACUACUAGAAUUUCUGCUCAGUUUGAUGUUAUUGCUUUUAAGGAAAGCCCGCUGGCACUAGCUCAGGCUCAUGAGACGAGGGAGAAACUCAUGGCUGCACACUCUGAGCUAGCUGAGGAAGGUGCUAUCGAGAUUGUGAUUAUAAAGACGACAGGAGAUAAGAUCCUCAGUCAGCCCCUUGCUGACAUUGGUGGGAAAGGGUUGUUCACCAAGGAAAUUGAUGAGGCGCUGAUCAAUGGUGACAUUGACAUUGCUGUGCACUCCAUGAAAGAUGUGCCUACCUAUUUACCUGAACAGACAAUCCUGCCUUGCAACAUGGACCGAGAAGAUGUUAGAGAUGCAUUCAUCUCGUUGAAUGCAUCUUCACUGGCAGAUCUCCCUGCUGGGAGCAUAAUUGGCACUGCUUCCCUCAGGAGAAAAUCGCAGAUACUGCACCGGUAUCCCUCGCUUAAGGUGGUCGAAAACUUUCGUGGCAAUGUGCAGACAAGGUUACGAAAACUGAAUGAGGGAGUGGUUCAUGCAACUUUGUUAGCGUUGGCUGGCCUAAGACGUUUAAACAUGACAGAGAACGUGACAGCCACUCUGUCAAUAGACGACAUGCUCCCAGCUGUUGCUCAAGGAGCCAUCGGCAUUGCUUGCAGAAGCAAUGAUGAUAAAAUGGCCGAGUACCUAGCUUCACUAAACCAUGAAGAGACAAGGCUAGCAGUCACAUGCGAGAGAGCCUUCCUCUUAACUUUGGAUGGUUCGUGCCGCACUCCUAUUGCUGGAUAUGCCAGCAGAGAUGAGAAUGGCGAUUGCUUAUUCAAGGGACUGGUUGCUUCUCCGGAUGGGACUCGCGGUCAGGAAGCUGCAGCGGCAUCCUAUCUUCCUCCCGAAAGAAAUUCAACAAACCCAUCCCUUGAAAGCCAAUCUAUCUAUUCCCACUCUCACCCCAUUAUCAAAAUCGAAAUCAAAACCCAACCCAUCUUCGCUUCCUCUCCCGUCUCUCAUCAAUUAAAUAUCAAUCUCCCUUCUUCCUGCUUCGCCCUCCGCUGGUCUUCAAUGGAGACUCUGACUUCUCUCUGCGCCAGCCGGGCUCUUGUUUCGCACACGGCCCGCCCAAUGCCCAUUUCUGCCGCCGGAAGCUCUGUUUCUGCAAAAGGCUACGCUUGCUCUAUCAAGUCUCGAGCUUUUCCUCCGAGGAAGCAGAGGGCGAGCGUCGUCAAGGCCGCCGUCGCCGUUGAGCAGCAGACCGAGAAGCCCAAGGUUGCUCUCGUCAGAAUUGGCACCAGGGGAAGUAGAAUUUCUGCUCAGUUUGAUGUUAUUGCUUUCAAGGAAAGCCCGCUGGCACUAGCUCAGGCUCAUGAGACUAGGGAGAAACUUAUGGCUGCACACUCUGAGCUAGCUGAGGAAGGUGCUAUCGAGAUUGUGAUCAUAAAGACGACAGGAGAUAAGAUCCUCAGUCAGCCCCUUGCUGACAUUGGUGGGAAAGGGUUGUUCACCAAGGAAAUUGAUGAGGCGCUGAUCAAUGGUGACAUUGACAUUGCGGUGCACUCCAUGAAAGAUGUGCCUACCUAUUUACCUGAACAGACAAUCCUGCCUUGCAACAUGGAGCGAGAAGAUGUUAGAGAUGCAUUCAUCUCGUUGAAUGCAUCUUCACUGGCAGAUCUCCCUGCUGGGAGCAUAAUUGGCACUGCUUCCCUCAGGAGAAAAUCGCAGAUACUGCACCGGUAUCCUUCGCUUAAGGUGGUCGAAAACUUCCGUGGCAAUGUGCAGACGAGGUUACGAAAACUGAAUGAGGGAGUGGUGCAUGCAACUUUGUUAGCGUUAGCUGGCCUCAGACGUUUAAACAUGACAGAGAACGUGACAGCCACUCUGUCAAUCGACGACAUGCUCCCGGCUGUUGCUCAAGGAGCCAUCGGGAUUGCUUGUAGAAGCAAUGAUGAUAAAAUGGCCGAGUACCUAGCUUCACUAAACCAUGAAGAGACAAGGCUAGCAGUCACAUGCGAGAGAGCCUUCCUUUUAACUUUAGAUGGUUCUUGCCGCACUCCUAUUGCUGGAUAUGCCAGCAGAGAUGAGAAUGGUGAUUGCUUAUUCAAGGGACUGGUUGCUUCUCCAGAUGGGACUCGCGUGCUAGAGACUUCCAGGAAAGGUCCAUAUGCCAUUGAUGAUAUGAUACUGAUGGGGAAGGAUGCCGGGAAGGAACUGCUUUCGCGGGCAGGACCUGGAUUCUUCAACUCAUGAGUCGAUGGACAGCAAGAAGUUGAGAGAACGAUAGCGCGGCAGAAACACUAAGGCUAGUGUAGAGAAGUUGGAGAUUUUUUUUUUGGCUAGGAUGCAAGGCUCUUGAGUGCUGUUUGUUUCAAUGUACCACGGAACAUGAAAUUGUUUGUUGUAUUUGUAACUAGAUAUGUAAUUUGUUUGUGGCGGUGUAAGAUGGCAUGGAAGCAUGAUUAGCGAUACAAUUUCCGAAAUUCAGGAUUUGUUCUGCAGAAACCCCGCUGGAGUUUUCUCAGAUGUUCACCGACGAUCGUUGUUGUAAAUCGCAGUUGAUCAUUGUAAUAAUAGCACCAAUGUGGUACCUGAUAUGCAGCUUAAGCAUCACAAUCGAC